CUCAGAACAUAACCUGCUCUGGACCAGGUUAAGUUUGCAGUAUAAGUUACCAUGGUGAUCUAGCCAAGUUAAAAGUGAGCUACAUUCGUGACAUUGAAAACCCUGGCUUUAGGCUCAACAUACCUCUCUAACCCACUGAUCUCGCUUCGUAGUACACCCCUCUGCUCUGUGUGUUAUCUGCUACCUGUGUUUGGACCUGCUGGUUGUUUAUGACCUGCCUGCCUGUCUUGCCCCUUUGGACUUGUUUGCCUGAUUUGGGCUGCCUUCCUGUUGACAACCUGUGAGCUGUUCCUGACAUUUGCCUUGAACGUCCAUUGGUCAUCAUGAACUUGACCUCCAGCUCUGAUCCUAUCCACUUCUUCACCAACAAUACUCCUGGUAUGAGAGACCAGCCUGAUCCUGCCAUCACAGCUGAGCCUGCCAUUUUAGGUGGCUCUUUUCCAGAGCUGGCCAUGUUAUCUGACAGUGUUGUUGGGUGGAAGCAGUAUAACGUGAGUCAUGUCUCAAGGCAAGGAGGAAACUUCACUGAAUCACCAGUUAACAGGACAUUAAUGUUGCCAGCAGAGGAGUUUGAUCCAUUAGGAGGACACACAGUCUGGCAGGUUAUCAUAAUUGUCUUCCUCACUGGAUCACUUUCUCUUGUCACUGUCAUUGGCAACAUCCUGGUGCUGGUGUCAUUCAAGAUCAAUAAGGCACUGAAGACGGUGAACAACUACUACCUGCUUAGCUUGGCAUUUGCUGACCUGACCAUUGGCACACUGUCUAUGAACUUGUACACCACCUACAUCAUCAUGGACCAGUGGGCUCUGGGGCCAGUGGUCUGUGACUUAUGGCUUGCAAUAGACUACGUAGCCAGUAACGCUUCAGUUAUGAACCUGCUUGUCAUCAGCUUUGACAGGUAUUUCUCUGUGACAAGACCUUUGACCUACAGGGCCAAGCGUACAACAAAGCGGGCCAUGACCAUGAUUGGUUUAGCCUGGUCCAUCUCUUUCAUUCUCUGGGCUCCAGCCAUCCUAUUCUGGCAGUACAUUGUGGGUGAACGGACAGUCCAACCAAAUGAGUGCUACAUCCAGUUUUUGUCUGAGCCAAUUAUUACCUUCUGCACUGCUAUCGCUGCCUUCUACUUGCCAGUGACUAUAAUGGCCUUCCUGUUUUGGAAGAUCUAUCAGGAGACAGAGAAACGUGCAAAAGAUAUACAGGGUCUAAAGGGAUCUGGGUCAGGCAAGUGCCAAAGUCAGGCUCAAAAUCAAGGGACUGGCAGUAGAAGAGCUGGUGGAGAAAGUGCGACUAACAACCAGAGAGAUUCGUCAGUCAUGAAGCGCCAGAUGAGCUCCCAAAGCUGCAGCAGUUAUGAACUAAGUCAGCUGCCUUCUGAGAACAACAACCAGGACAAUGCCAGCACACCAGGAGGAAUAGGAAACAGAGGGAGAUGUGGUGCGUUUUUCUUCCAGUUUUCUUCAAUGCUACCAGAUCGCCAUGCAUCCAAGAGGUCUGUCAAUACCACGACAACUGUGGGCGAGGCAGAGCAGAGCAGCUGUGACAGUUUGAAUAACAAUGAAGCUUGUGCCUCUGGGGACCAGUCAGGUUCAGAGGAGGAAGCUCAUGGUGCAGACCCAUCAAGGCCUCCAACAGAUGGUAAGAAACAUAGAAAGGUGAAGAAAAGCGAAGACAAACAGCCAUCAUCAUCCAUCAGAAGUCAAAGAGGGUCGCAAUCAAACUGUGUCUCCUCAUCGCCUGCUGACCAGUCACCUGCAGCCAUCACCAUGAAAGAUGCAGCAAUGGCUAAACGCUUUGCCUCUAAGGCCAAGACAGAGAUCAACAAGCGCAAGAAUGAAAAAAAGGCAAAUGAGAAGAAAGCAGCACGGACACUCAGCGCCAUCCUGUUUGCCUUCAUCACGACUUGGUUACCAUAUAAUAUCAUGGUGUUAGUCAACACUUUCUGUCAGGACUGUAUCCCUCAAACUCUAUGGGCACUGGGUUACUGGUUGUGUUAUGUGAACAGCACAGUCAACCCCAUGUGCUACGCCUUGUGUAACAAGACCUUCCGAACAACUUUCAGGGAUAUUUUGAUGUGCCAGUGGAAUCAAAAGAAGAACAAGCCUCACUUCCAUCAGAGGAAGGCUGUGGCUUUCCAGAAGAAAGACCCAAUGUAGAGUAGAGUGGCAAAUUUUUUAAUGGAUCUGCGUUUAAGGAUGCAUUUCCUGAUCCAUUUUCAGAGUUGAAAUGCAGCAUACAUUUUCAGGGAAAAGAUACUGAACUGAAUUUUUCCUAACCCAAACUUGUUGUGGUCUGACAGGAAGUGUUGCCAUAGCAGGCUGGUAUGUUAGCCCUUCCAUGAUAUCUUGACAGCCACUGGCUAGAUUUGUGGCAAAUUGGUGAGUGGUCCCAGAGGAUAAUUCCUAAUAAUUUGACAAAGCCCCUCAACUCACAUUUUCACAUUGGCCACAAUUUUGACCAAUGUCACCAUAGCUCAGAAGGCACCUGCUGGAUUUCCAUGUUUGCAAUGUUGUGGAUAUUAAUCCACAGAGGAUGAAUUACAAUGUUUUUGGUAGCCUCCAUGGCCCUUACUCUGGUACCACUCUCAGGACAGACUUUACAUUUAUACCCCAAUACUGAGAACAAACAGAAAGAUUUUCAGAAUGUAAUUUGUUCUAACACUUUGUAUUGUGAGUUUUAAUCAACAAUGCAGCCUUGAGGAAUCACUAGCAGGGCUUCAAACUUUUCAGAUGCAAAUCUAAGCAGAGAUGUAUUUAAUUAUUUUCUGCUGGAGCAUUAGUGCAGAAUAAUGAUAGUUUGGUGUGUUUUAGGAAUUAGGAAGAAAGAAAUUUUGUAGGUGAAAUGACUUGAAGGAUGUAUGAGCCUUUUAGGAUUAUUUGUCAAAAUAAAAGCAACCCAGCUUUUUAAUUGUUUUUAAUACUGAUGUUACCAGGACAGUUUAGAGCUCAGUUUAAAUAUGCCAGUUUUGUUUUUCACUGAGUCUUUUUAAAAAAGAUUUUAAGUAGGGUGUUAAAAUUUCACAGACAUAGUUCCAUGUGUUGAAAAAAAACAGUACAACACAUGAUUUUUUUUUUUGUAAUGACAUCAUGGUUAUUGAACUAGCAGGCAUAUUUUAUUUUUCAUAUACAUAGAAUACAUUAAUGAAAGAUCUGAUAGCUAGUUUACAGUCCACUGAAAUAUUGCUUUGACAUAAAUGAUAACCUGGAUGUCAGCAAUGACAAACACUCAGUUUCAAAUUCAUUAGGUACACCUAGAUUGAGAUAUAUUUUAAAAUCUGUCUUGUAGGACCCUGUUAUGACCUACAAUCUUUUGUCAUCUGAUUCAUAUUCAGUUCACAGGCUGUGGUUUGGACACUUAGAAUAAACAAAAUCAGUAAUAUAAUAAAGAUAGUUCAAGUAUGGAUUCCAGUUGAUACCUUGGUUGAGUCAGGCAAUCUGUACUGAUUUUUAUUCAGCAUUGUAGUGUUUAUAUGAAGCUGCUCACAAGCUGUGUAUUGUCAGCUAAAAAAAUGUAACACAGUGUGACACUGACCAAACCCUUACAUUUGUGGAAAUACUAACACUGAACACUGUAAUAAUGUGAAGACACAUGCUCAGUGCACAUUUGGAAAACAACAUUAUAGCAUCCACUUCCAGCCUGUUAAAUUACAGUGCAUAUUGGCAGGACCAUGUUCAGUGCAACAGCAGUGAAUUGGAUUGUGUACAAAAUCAGUCAAAGCAAAUCAUGAGAUGCCUGUGGAAGGGAAGCAGUCUGCAUGAUGGCAUUUCUUUGAAUACUAAAUGUUAUGUUCCUGUUUGAAAGUAUUGCAUAUUCACAACAUUGUUUACUCCACUGUAUUAUGUAGUCCACAAAAAGGGAUACGGUAUUGUGUAUUGCACAUCAUGGUGGUCAACUUAGAUUGUACUAUGAGUAAACCAUAACAUAGCUAUUAUAAACAAGCUUUAUUCUAGGUGAAUUGUCUUCAGUGUGAGUGAUUUGACUACUUAAGAAACUGUCUGCUUUUUCUGUUUCCACAGAACGAAUGGACUCUCUCUGUAGAUCAAGCAAAAAAGCAGCCCUGAAUUUUUCAUAGAAUUGAAGUUUUAUACAUCCACAGAUUGAUCCACAGUUUUGAAUCUGAUUUACAAAGAAAGUCUUAUGCAAUAGAGACCACAAG